AUGUUAACACUUUUUGAUACAUUGACUGAUGCACUGAAUCAAGAGGAACUACAAGAGUUUGUGAUUACAGCAAGGAGGAUCUGGUGGAGAAGGAACUCUUUCAUUUUCAAGAAAGGAUUUACACAUCCAAACCAUAUUGUUAGAGAGGCAAGAACUACUCUAAACAUGAUGGCAGAAAAGAAAACAGACCAGUGCAAUACCCAAGCCUCUCCCACGGUGAUUCAUUGGAAAGCUCCUCCAGUGGACUGGUACAAAGUUAACUGGGAUGGGGCAGUGGACAAAGUUAAGGGGCUGAUUGGAAUAGGAGUGGUGAUAAGAGACAGGUCGGGGCAGGUUAUUGCAACAUUGAGACAGAAGGAAAAGCUCUACCCUGACCCCCUACUAGCUGAAUCAUACGGGGCUCUUCAAGCUGUGAAACUGGCCAGGGAGAUUGGUCUGCAUCAGGUCAUACUCGAAGGUGAUUCACUGCAAGUCACAAAAGCAUUGGUUGAAGACAGAGAAGAAUUGAGUAGUUCAAGCAUGUUUUGUAAUGAAACUAGACAUUUCCUUAAGCUGUUUGAAAAAUGGGAAGUCACUCAUGUUAGAAGGAAUGUCAAUCACAUAGCCCAUUUACUUGCAAAAAAUGCUCUUAGCAUUUCUGAUCAGAUUGUAACUAUGGAGGAUACUCCAUCUUGUAUUGCUGACUUGAUUUAA